GUGACACAUGUACUGUAGGUGCUGUUACCUGAGCGGAGGUAGGCCUGAGCAGCAAACAUGAGGACACGCACUCUUCUGUCCAUAACCCUGCUUGGCCUGCUGCUGUGGGCCUCCUGCAACCGGGCCGAUGACAAUGACGCCAAAACUGACCAAGAGACCGAACUAGAUGAAGAGAAGACAUCAUCAGAUCCUCCAGGAGAGACAGACGAGGAGGAGGAAGAAGAAGAGGAGGCACCAAAGAAAGAGAAAACGGAGGAGAUAGAGGAGGAGAAAGAUGUCAUGGUUCUCCACAUCAACAACUUUGCCAGAGCUCUCAGUGAAAACCAGUUUUUACUUGUCGAAUUCUAUGCUCCCUGGUGUGGUCACUGUAAAAAGCUGGAGCCGGUUUACGCCGAGGCUGCUGGGAAGCUAAAGACGGAGGAACCUGCUGUGCGUUUGGCCAAAGUGGAUGUCACAGAGGAGAAGGAGCUGGCUGAUGAGUUUGACAUCAAAGGCUUCCCCACGUUGAAACUGUUCGUCAAAGGAGAUCGCAAGCAGCCUUUUGACUACACCGGUAAGAGGUCAUUAGAGGGAAUAAUCCAGUGGAUGAAGCGUCGCGUGGGCCCUGGUGCUGCAGUGCUUGAAUCCACCGACUCUGCAGCUCAGUUUAUCGAUUCCCAUAACAUAACUGUUGUGGGAUUCUUUGAGAAUCUGGAGAGCGAGGCGGCCAAGACGUUCAAGGAACUUGCUUUGGAUGUUACUGAAACUGAGUUUGCUCUGUCAGCCAGUCCUGAGGUUUUCCAGAAGUAUGAGGCGAAAGCCAACACAGUGGUGCUCUUCAAAAAGUUUGAUGAAGGCAGAGCAGACUUUGCGUUGUCUGAAGAUGGGACACUAGACAAAAAAAAUCUGACCGACUUCAUCAAUGAAAAAAGUCUGCAGCUGAUCAUCCCAUUCAGCCAAGAGGUUGCAGAUAAGAUCUUCUCCUCCAACAUCCACCUGCACAGUCUGUUGUUCAUCAACUCAUCUGUGGACAGUCAGACGUCUCUGAUAGAAGAAUCCAAGACUGUGGCCAAAAAGUUCAAGGGCAAGAUGCUAUUCAUUUCAAUAGAUGUGACUGAAGCUCUCUCUCAUGUGCUGAAAUACUUCGGCGUGUCAGAGCAAGACGCCCCAACUUCACGCAUUGUCAACAUGGAGACAGGAAAGAAGUUUGCCAUCGCUUCUGGGGAUCUGACAGCAGAGUCACUGGGAGAGUUGUGUCAGGCUGUCCUGGAUGGCACUGCUAAGCCCUACUUUCGUUCUGAGGACAUCCCAGAAGACUGGGACAAACUACCGGUCAAGGUUCUGGUGGGGAAAAACUUUGAGUCUGUCGCUCUGGACCCGACCAAAAAUGUCUUUGUGGAGUUCUAUGCUCCAUGGUGUGGACACUGUAAGCAACUGACUCCCAUCUGGGAUCAGCUGGGUGAAAAAUAUGCAGACAAUGACGACAUCAUCAUAGCAAAGAUGGACUCCACAGUGAACGAGGUGGAGUCUGUUUCUGUUGAAAGUUUCCCAACGCUCAAAUAUUUCCCAGCUGGUGAAAAAAAAGAGGUGAUAAACUACACUGGGAAAAGAGAUCUUGAGACCAUGUCUAAAUUCCUGGAUAACGGAGGAGUGUUGCCUAAAGAGGAUAGUGAUGAAGAGGAUGACGAUGACUUGAAUGACGAUGAUGAUGACGCUGAGGAGGAAGAGAAGAAGGAUGAAGACACUGAUGAUGACAGCAAGGAGGCCGACGAGUCUGAAGAUGGAUCAACCGAGAAGACAUCUAAAGAUGAACUGUGAUGUCACUUUGGUUUCCAGUCAAUCGGGAUCAACCUAGCAUCUUUCAAUUUUUUCAUAUUAAAAUUAAGUUGGUUUACAAACAUAAAUGCGAGUUCCACACAUGACUCAUUAAACAGGCUUACAGUAAUGGGUGUCCUCAUUCUUAUAUAUUUAAACAAGACAGCUCUAUACAACACAUACUCCCUUUUAAAAAAUAUGACAUAAACUCAAUAGAGCUUUCUAUAGCCUACUAUAAAUGUAAAUUACUAUAAAUAAGUUACAUUUGCCUCCUAAGACUACUUCAGACUUUUUUAAACAGAAAUGAAUUAUAAAUAAGUGUUGCAGAUAUAUUGGCACCAUAAAAAUCAACAUAAUCAUUACUUCAGCAUUUUGAAAAAAAAGGAACAAAUUACAGAGUAGGAAGAGAUUGUAUUGAACUGUGAAGAAAGAAGUGUGGAUAGAAAGAACAACAAUGUUGAUACAGUGAAGGGAAAAGAGCAAGAUGUAGGAUAGAAACAAAGUGUGUGUUUCAUAUUCCUGAAUGAAAUCUGCAAAACAAACAAACACAUGCUGGUACAAAUGAUGACUGAGAAUAAGAUAGCUCAGUUUGUUGCCAGAAAAAAGCAUCAUGUAAUAUUUGAGAGAGGAUAAAGGAGAGAAAAAGUUCAAUUUGAGUAUUCAAGAUAAUGUCAAAUUGUUUGAGAAGAGAAAGAACAUAAUCGUUUUUUAUUUGCCAGACUUCUGCUGAUUUCACUGUGGAAAUAAAUGUGCAAAAUAAAGAUGUAUAAAAACA